CCAUCUUUUUUUUUAAACCGACGUAGUCUUCGCUAUCCCUUCUGUUCCAGCGAUCCGAUCCCCUCGCCGCAAAACUACAGGCGGAGUGCGCCCUCAUCCUCGCCGCCGACUCGCAGCAUGCCGCGGCCGGCCUCCUCCGCGCCGCCGCAGUCGUACACCAGGUACCGGUACGAGACGCGCCGCCGGGACCCCAACCCGCGCGCGGCGGCGCUCCUCGUCGUCGACGUGCAGGGCCACUUCGCGUCGAUCGCGGCUCCGGCCAUGCCGGCCCUCGCUGCCACCGUCGCGCUCUGCCGCGCCGCGGGCGCCCCGGUCGUCUACACCCGCCACGUCGACCCCGUGCCCCGCAGCGGCCCGCUCGACGAGUGGUGGCCCGGCGACCGGAUCGCCGACGGCACGCCGGCCGCCGAGCUCCUCCCGGGCUCGGGCCGCCGCGAGGGCGACCUCGUGGUGGAGAAGAGCACGUACAGCGGCUUCGCCGGCACGGGGCUCGAGGAGGCGCUGCGGCGGAUGGGCGUGGAGGAGGUGAUCGUGACGGGCGUGAUGACCAACCUGUGCUGCGAGACCACGGCGCGGGACGCGUUCGUGAGGGGGUUCCGGGUGUUCUUCUCGGCCGACGCCACCGCCACGGCGAGCCAGGACCUGCAGGAGGCGACGCUAGCCAACAUGGCCUACGGAUUCGCCUACGUCGUCGACUGCCAGCGGCUCGAGGCGGCAUUUGGGAAGGUCAAGUGAGGAGCAAACGUGCUCUGCUGCUGCCCGUUGUGUUCUUCAGUUGUGCAUAGUUCAGUACUCCAUAUGUCAAACAUGUGCGUAUGUGAAUAUUUUGUUUGAAACUAUGCUAUGGAGUUGUAGAUAGUUAUGUGCACAUGUGAAUGUUGUGUUUCAAGAGACCUAUGGUUGACUAUGCAGUAGUGCAGCUGUGAUUAGUGAUCAGAUGCUAUGUUGUUUGUACCAUGGUCAUAUGAACAUCGAAGUAUAAAUUGAAAAAUGUUUGCUUUGAAUAGAAUA